AGCAUCUCCAAGUUCCAACUAAACAAUAACAGGCUCAGGCUCUCAGCUGACUGCAGGCGGGGAUCAAAGGGGAGUGUGGCGAGAGAUUGUUCUAGAUAACCUACCUGUUAUCACCACCUUGGGGCAUUAGAGGCUGUACCACAACUCCCUACAAGGCCACAGAUCCCCAACAAGAACAAGAACAAGACUGUUUUAAAGUUAAAAGAUCAGGCCAGAUGGAGGAGUACUGAAGACCACCUCUCUGCUCACUGAUCUCUUGGAAGAUUAAAAAAUGCCUGAAGUUGAACAGUCCAAGGAAGUUAAGGUGGAGAAGGUGGAGGAGGUUAGUGUGGAGGGUAAGGAUGAGGAGCCAGAGGAUGAAUGGGUGGACAUCCUUGGUAGCGGAGAUCUCAAGAAGAAGGUAAUAAAGGCUGGGAUUGUUGAGUCCAGGCCCAGCAAGGGACAUGCAGUGGUAGUGCGAGCAAGUGGACAGCUGGAGGAUGGCACAGCAGUGGAUGUCCAUGAUGAGCUGACCUUCACAAUUGGUGAUUGUGAGGUAAUUCUUGGUUUGGAAAUGGUUCUGCCUCUAAUGGACAAAGGAGAAAUUGCUGACGUCUACAUGGGACCCAGGUUUGCAUAUGGGAGUAAUGGCCUGCCUCCGAGCAUCCCAGGAGAUGCCAACAUAACAUACUGUGUGGAGCUGCUGGACUUCUUCCCAGAGCAGUCGCCCGAUUCCCUGUCUCUGGACCAGCGCAUGGAGAUUGGGAAUCGCAAGCGUGAACGAGGCAACUGGUGGUUCAACCGAGGGGAGUAUGCCAAGGCCAUACAAUGUUACAGUGCAGCAGUGGACUUUUUGGAUGAUGCUGAAGUGGAGUAUGGGGAAGAUGUGAGGCCAGAGGUUCAGACCAUUCUUACAGAGCGAUUAAAGGCCCUGAACAACAUGGGUGCAGCUCAGAUGAGGAUUGAGGCCUAUGAUGUAGCUCUGAAGUCCUUGGAGGCUGUGUUGAGGUGUCAGCCUGACAAUGUGAAGGCUUUGUUCAGGAAGGGAAAGGUAUUGGGCCUGCAAGGCAAGGUGAAAGAUUCCAUCACGUUUCUCAAGAAAGCUCUGGAGUUGGAGCCAGAUUCUCGUCUCAUCCAUCAGGAGUUGGCAAAAAUAAGGGAGAAAGCUCGCCUUGAGGCUGAGUCAGAGAAGAGUCUCUACAGGCGCAUGCUGGGCCUCAAAAAGAAUGCAAGCCAGACAGAGGAACGUUAUCCUACCCUUAAGAACUUUCCUUGGAAAUCCUGGUUCAUAUCCUUUAUAACCAUAGGCUUUGCCUUGGUGGCUUACACCAAGGGGCCUGCACUCUACAAGUUCUUCCUUUAACACAAACAGUCUUGUACUAUCCCAGACUUCCUUCUUUAUAGUGAAAUGAAGGCAAGAAGUGACAGGAUAUUCCAUGAGUUCAGCAGGACUGUAAUUACUCACUUGAAUAUCCUUAAACCAUAUCUUUAGAAACCUGCCAAGCUUUGGGUAUUUCCUUGGGUUCUGUAACAGUACUAUUGUACAAAGUUUUUAACAGCCUGCAUUAGAAUUCAGGUUGUUGUGAUAUUUACAUGGGGAAUCCGAGUUCAAAAUGUUAAUUUUAACAAGAUGGAAAAUAUAGUCUCAUUUCUAUAACUUGUAUACUACUUGUAUUGUAUUGUAAGUAUACUCUAAUGAAAACCAAACAUGAACAAGUUGAGUUUAGAUGGAGGAGAACAUUUAAAGGGAGAUUUAUUUAUUAGAAGUACCAGUACAGUAUAUAUAUAUAUAUAUAUAUAUAUAUAUAUAUAUAUAUAUAUAUAUAUAUAUAUAUAUAUAUAUAUAUAUAUAUAUAUAUAUAUAUAUAUAUAUAUAUAUAUAUAUAUAUAUAUAUAUAUAUAUAUAUAUAUAUAUAUAUAUAUAUAUGAGAGUUCAAUUAUGUGCCUCUGAUUGCUGUGAAAUCUCAUCUUACCUUGUAAAGCUUGAUGCAUGUGAUCAGGUGCUCCUUAUUCACUCAAAGAUUGUCUUCUUCAGGUUGCACACUGAGAAAUAUUUUAUUUUAUUUAUUCUUUAUGUGGUGCAAAGUUGUACAUUUUAUGCAUAAUGCUGUAUUUGACAGGCAGCUGACACUUGAUUUUUUCAUAUUUAGAAACACUGUAUUUGUUAUGUGAUCUGGUUUUCCAUUCCAGUAAAUGCGAUAGAGCCUGUGUGCAUCAAAAUUCUUGAAGGAAAAAAAUCAAGCUUUAUUCUUAUUCUAUUUGAAUUAUUGAAAAAUGAAACUUCUAAUCCCUAGUCAUAAUAGGUUAUGAUUUUCUUUUCAACUUUUAGUAUCAAACAGUAUGUAUAAUGUCAGAUUGUCCCUGAGAGCAGAGUUAAGCCAUAGAUAUCUGACACACUUGGAAUCCAUGUAAGGCUGUAUAUCAUAGUACCUCUUAAUGUUUUCUAAUUUUUAAACACAUUUUAUGCUUACUGCCAUAUAUUUAUAUUUACAGUAUUUGAUGAAUCUUGGAGAAGUUGAAAGUGAAGCAAUGUGUAUUUUCUCUGAUAUGUACCAUGGUUUUAUUUCAUACAACAGUGUGCUCUCUAAAAAGGCUCAAGUAGCUUGUGAUGAAAGUGAGUACUUAAAACACUAGUACUUAUACACACAAUUGCUUGUCGGUCUAAACUUUUAUAGCAUUUUAUACAGUCACAACCAGGUGAACAAAUCUCAUUUUGGGUUCUGCAAUAACUUUUCCUAUACAAUAGCUUGUAUGUAGUAUAGUCUUCCAUUCUUACAUUCUUACAUUCAGUGUGUCACUUUCGCUUCUUUGAUAGUGUUAUGAAUUUACACAGUGCACAAAAAAUCUUAAACAAAUGUACAAAAGUUUUUAAUGUAUAAUAUUUUAUGGCAUUUAGUUGCUGUGUUUAAAUGAAGUAUUUUAUUCAUAACUAGCAAAUGUUGUCUAUAUCUUGGAUAUUUGUUUUACCUGGUUAGAUAGCUACUCUGCUGAGCAGUAAAUAUGUUCAUGAAAUGAUAAUGUUGAUGUUUACUUGCUUUAAAUACCCUUAAUGUUUGGAUAGCCCCACCUCUUCAUCUCCCAAAUGCUCAUCUGAUGCCUGAUAAACAUUUUGGAUUGAUUUUGGAAAAGUUUGUGUGCAUUCCUAAUAUUUAGUGAGACAAGGUUUCAAGAGGAUGAGUUUGUGCCACAGAAGAGGUGGAGGUGGUGCGCCGGGGAGGAAAUACAUCGGUGAUAUGUUAGCAUUGUGUUGUCAAGAGAUCAUGGAAGGUUUAAGCUCUGUGAGGAGUAAUCUCUGCUGACAUGUUACCUCUUGAGAACUCUGUUCUUUUCAAUGCUGUGCUUUUUUUUUUUUUUAUAUAUAAGGAAAGAAUUGUCAUGAGCUGCUUCCUUGUUUUAUCUUUUAAGAAGUAAAAUGGAGAAAAAAAAAGAGUAAGCAGAAUGGUUUCCCUUUGCAGCUUCCUGUUUUCUGUGCCCUUACUAAAAACAUUCCUUUGAUAUUGAUAUUCAAAUAUUCUAUCUAUGGUGAUUAGUCUUAGCAUUACUGUGUUUGUAUGAUUUGUUUUGUCGUACGGUGAAGGUUACUUGAACUACAUCAGAUGAUCCUGCAGCAAAGUAACAUGAUAUGCAUUCAGUCAGGAAUGGAAUGCCUUAGUAGACUACAUUCCUAGUUUAAUGUUAGUUUAGAUUCAUGGCCUCUCAACACCUUUAUCUCUUGUUGACUGGCAUGAAUAUAAUGCACAAUUUAUACCUUAUCCUAAUAUUUUCUAGAGUAUGAUGUAGAUGUGGAAGUGCAAUAAGUAAUGUAUGCUUUCAUUUUUAGCAAAAUAAAAUCAGUAUUCCAAA